AUGAGCCUCUCAGGUUUGUUCGCGUGUUCUCUGCGCACGCAAGUGCGCAAUACAAGGCCACCAUCACUUCAGUCUCUACUACAGUCUCGCUCGCUCAUCCUCCCAUCUCAUCCAUCCUCCAUUCUUUCGCAUGUCCAAAUACACCCAUUCUUGCGACAACCUGCCGCUCUCCAACAUAAAAGACUGUUCUCUCUGGCCUCCGUCUUCUCACGCAGGCCUACCCCAACGCCACCUCCCACUGUGGUAGCAAGGGUAGCUGCAAUUGAAGCAGAGGCGAAUGCCAAUCCCUACGGCGUCGAGAAGCAAGUUGCAUUGUUUGAGGCGUUGGUCGGGACAGAUGUGAAGCCAGGGUAUGACGUGGUCAUUGCUAGAUGGGAACGAAUGUGUGAAUUCGAUUCCUCAAACCCAUUGCUUCGCUCAGACAUCGCUUUCCAACUCUAUCUCACUGCUUUGGUCAAGAGCGGUCUUACAGCUUCCGUUGAUGCGGCAGUACGCAGACGCGACACACUGCUCGCAGCAGCCAGUGCUUCCGGCCCUGCGGCCUCCUCAUCUCCAUCUGCGGAGGCAUCAACUAUUUCAGCGGAUUCUGCUGUCUCUGCUCCGGUGUCAAAUUCAACAGAACCCUCGUCUAGCAAUCGGCUUGCGCAGGCUGUCCUUGCGGGGCAAGCUCCUACCACUGCUAGUGCCGUCUCCUCCAAUACCGACAUGGCUAAGCUUUCGGCGGCUCUUAGCACUGGGGUAGGAGUUCCGGGGAACCCAAUUGUGGUCUCACUCAGUGAACCAAAGGGGUCAUGGAUACCACGGCUCGUCAGGUUUGUGAUACUCACCGGAUUAUCUGGGUUCUUCAUUCUGGUCAUGCUUGCUGUCCUGCUAGAGAAUUCCGGUUUAAUGAAAGCAGGACCACGACAAGCUGAAUUCGAGCCCGCGCAGGGAAAGACUUAUAAGUUCAGUGAUGUACACGGCGUAGACGAGGCUAAGGACGAACUGCAAGAGGUUGUAGAAUUCCUCAAGGAUCCGACGUCGUUUGCUACACUGGGCGGAAAGCUUCCAAAGGGUAUCCUUCUAACUGGCCCGCCUGGAACCGGUAAAACCAUGCUGGCCCGAGCGGUUGCUGGUGAAGCUGGCGUACCGUUCCUGUUUGCUUCUGGUUCUGAAUUCGAUGAAAUGUUCGUUGGAGUCGGUGCAAAACGUGUACGGGACCUCUUCGCUACGGCACGCAAGAAGCAGCCCGCCAUCAUCUUCAUCGACGAACUCGAUGCCAUAGGUGGCCGGAGGUCGAAUCGCGAUCAACACUACCUGAAACAGACUCUGAAUCAGCUCUUGGUUGAGAUGGAUGGAUUCCUGCAAAACGAAGGUGUCAUUGUGAUUGCGGCAACCAACUUCCCGGACAGCCUGGAUCCCGCGCUUGUACGACCCGGCCGAUUCGAUAGGCACAUUGCCGUUCCUCUUCCUGAUGUCCGCGGCCGUGUACAGAUUUUGCAGCAUCAUAUGAAAGAUGUCAUCACGGAGCCGGGCGUAGACCCAAUGGUCCUCGCACGAGGGACGCCAGGUUUCUCGGGAGCGGACCUCCAGAACAUGGCGGCAGUACAAGCUUCGCGCGAAUUCGGCUUGCCACGACUCAUUCUUAUACCAAGUGCCCAACCUCAGGAUCGAAUUGUGAUGGGUACCGAGCGGAAGACAGCAUACAUCAGUGACGAUGUGAAACGGCUGACUGCGUAUCAUGAGGGCGGUCAUGCGCUUGUUGCGCUGUACACCGAUGGGGCUAUGCCUCUGCACAAAGUUACUUGCGUCCCUCGUGGGCAUGCGCUAGGUGUUACCAGCCAGCUGCCGGAAGACGACCGGUAUUCGGUGUCACUCAAAGAAUACCUGGCAAUGAUCGAUGUGUGCAUGGGUGGCCGCGUCGCGGAGGGACUCGUAUAUGGGGCGGACAAGGUGACUAGUGGGGCAUCCUCGGACCUGAAACAGGCUACGCGGACUGCCCGAGCGAUGGUCAAGAACUGGGGGUAUUCGGACAAAAUUGGGCCUGUCUAUUAUAACGACCGCGAGGACGCGAUCAGUCCAUCCAAGAGUGAUGAAAUAGAAGGAGAAGUGCGCAGUUUACUGAUAGCGGGAGAGUCGCGCGUGACAACACUGCUGAAAGAGAAGGAAGCAGAGCUGCAUCGGCUGGCAUCCGCGCUCAUGGAGCAUGAGACCUUAGACGCCGAUGAAGUCAAGAAGGUCAUCAAAGGAGAGGCAAUACGGAACAUCAAGGAGGUACUCCAGGAGGACCUCUCACGGAUGUCAGAUGAAUCCAGUUCAUAG